ACCCGUUUCCUAUUUUACAAAUACCGGGGUGUCUCCAGAAAAGGAAAGAAGAGCAAGAGGGGAAAAUGGCCAGUUACACUGUCCGGCCGGCUACUCCCCGGGACGUCGCCGAUAUCCUCCGCCUCAUCAAGGAACUUGCAAAAUAUGAAGAAAUGGAAAAUGAGGUGAAGUUGACUGAAAAAGAUUUGCUUGAAGAUGGCUUUGGGGAACGUCCAUUUUAUCACUGCCUUCUUGCGGAAGUGCCAGCGGAACAUGUGACUCGUGAAGGAUACAACAUUGUGGGAUAUGCUAUGUACUACUAUGCGUAUGAUGCUUGGAUUGGAAAAUCACUAUACCUUGAGGAUUUCUAUGUAAUGGAAGAAGUUAGAGGAUAUGGAAUUGGUUCAGAAAUUCUGAAGAAGAUCAGUCAGACUGCGGUGCAGGACCACUGCAGCAUAUUGCAUUUCAUUGUAGCAGAUUGGAACCACCGCUCAAUCAACUUUUACAAGAAGCUUGGUGCUGCCGAUCUGUCCAAACAAGGCGGAUGGCAUCUUUUUGAGCUUCAGAAGAAACACUUGGUUAAAAUCGCAACUGAAGAAUGAGUUUGAAGAGUAAAGUCUGGAUAUCUUCGUGUCCCUUCCCAAAGAACCUUAAUUGAAAGUUUUAUGCAGUUGUUGUAGAUUUAAGACCUCAAUUUUGAUUGUUUUUAUGCUUAAUAUCAUCCUGUAAGAUCAUCAUUUAGCAAUUCUUUUAAUUAGAAUCCAAAUUGCAGUAGCUUUUAUGCCAUUGAACCUGCACUAUUUAAUCAGUUGUAUUCAGGUGUGAAAUGAUGUGUUACGUUGUUGAUGAACCCUGUUUAUAUAAAAAAAAAAAGUAGUGGAUCAAUGCUACCUGUAGCAAUCAAAAAUGUUUCUGCCGUUAGGAAAUGGCAUACCAUAAUAUAGGCCAUGUUUUGGUGUGUAUAUAUAGCUUUACAUGGAUACAGUGUCAAUAUGGAGGAAUGUUGUCCAGUUCUGUAUAUAUAAAUAAAACUAUGGCUGUGUUUUAG